ACAGUCGACGCAUGCGCAGAACGAGGUGAAAGUCUACGCAUCAACAACACACUUAAGUGUCAAACUAUCGUCAACAACUUUGGUCGGACAGACUUUGUAUGUCCUUGAAGACAAAUGCGAACGCUCUAAAGUCAGAGUGGGGCCACCGGAAUCGCCUGAGACGACGCAACAGCGAGGACGGGACAAGAGAGAAGUGAAAGCUCGAGCUUCGGCUGCACUUUAUGGAAGUCGUCGGUCCAAACGGUGGUCAGAUUUUCACGUUACGCACUUACUUCCUGUUGUCAUUGUGGAUGUUAUAGAGAAUAACAGCCUUAUACAUGACGUGAGAGGGAUCACAGCCCCGAAAGAGCAGGUAACGGCGCUGGAAAGAGGGGUCUGAACAACACGGACACCCCCGUGUGUGUUUUCUGCAUGUCGUCUACAUGAGUGUUUUGGCAGGAUGUCACUGAGUUCAGGCGGUUGGACUCAAACCCCUGGCUUCACAUCAGAUCAGUCCGCCGCCCUCCCCAGCCACUAUGGGGCCUCACAGGCACAGCCCGGCUGCCAAACCGUCCUCAUGUCGGUUCGGGUGUCGGUGUGCCAUUCUGGUAUUCGGCCGCUGUGUCUUCCGGGAGCAGGUGAUGAGUCACUCCGCCUACAGCUCAGCAUGGACCCGGGGAAAUCCGGGGAAUUCCGGCUGUCGCUCCAAGACAGCAGCGGGACUGGCCGGAGUGUGGUGAGUUCACGACAGUAAGACAUGUGGGCAUUGUUGUGGUGUGUGUGUUUUUUUCACUGGGAAAUACCCCACUGCAUGAACAGUGUGAAAAGAUGGACUUUUUUAUGCUUUCGUGUGUGGAAAUAUUGUGACUUAAAACACAACUUGACUAAACCAUGUAUGAAAUACUUUGCUUGACUUUGAUUGAGAGUAAAGGGCUUCAGCUAUAAAGUUGAACUCUGAUUUAACAAGAAAAUGCAAUAGGGGAGAGUGGGGUAAGAUGAGCCAUUUUUCAUAUUUUGGAUCACUACAUCAAGGCAAUCAUAUGCAGAUACACUAGUUAGAGACAAAACUAUGAUUCAAGGUGUUGUGCAUCCAUACAAACCAACAGAAUGAGUGUAAACAUAACUGUCUUGAUAUUUACAGCUGUAUUUUUUAGAAGAAAAAGUAACACAUUUCAACAAUCUGAACUGAAACUCUAAUGCUUUCAUUAGACUCCUUUACUUUCUCAGUUGAACCACUUGUGAAAUUACCCCUGGACUACUAUUAUGACUGUUUUAGUCCUCUAAGGUAAAAUGGUAGACUUUUAUGUUAGGUUUUUGACUUCAUGUUGUAGCUCAUAGACACCACAAUUGAUGUAUUAACAAAUUUAAAAUGAUUUUCUUUGGUCUGAACAAAAUUCUAAUAAAACUUAUGACAGACUAAAUUCAAUUUCAAGAGUGAUUUUUUUUUUAAUUGGAAUCAAAUGUCUAACCCCUUUACCCAUUUAAAAGACUUUUUCAAAGACCCACUUUUUCUCCCUUGCUUUUAAUAAAUGAGCACACAGGACUCAGAGGCACUGUUGCUUUUAUUUCUUUACUGUCUGUAUUUUAUUGUACUUUUUUUAAUUUUAUUUUGUAUUGUUAUCUAUCUUUUUAUUUACUUAUUUUAUUUAUCCCAUGUACAGCACUUAGUUUGACUGCUGUCCUUUAAAGGUGCUUUAUAAAUAAACCUUGGCUUGACUUGACCAUGUGCUUCUAACCUUCACAGACUCCAUGAAUUGAUGCCCAUCUCUUAAAUAUUUGGUCACAUGAUCAAUUUCUUUUACCAUUUCCAAGCAACAGGGGGUGGCUCAACUUACCCUUUGGCUCAACUUACCCCACUCUCCCCUAAUGCCCCUUCAAUGCUAAUAUCACCAAGUCAUAAUUUAUUCCACAACAACGCUACAGUUACCAUUCUUCAGAAACAAAUAUUGCAUUUACAGAGUCACUUCUUUUCAGUUUGCAGAAGAUAUACAUUCAACUUUUUGCCAUUUUUGGAGGCUUUGGUUUGUAUUGCCACUUAAUCACACUAAUAUGAUUUAAAACAUUUGUUCUCACUCUCAUCUCAAAUGUUGAAAUACUAGUGUCACUAGUGUCAGCUUGGGGAUAUUUAUGCAAAAUUCUGCAUUGAUGUCUUUUGAUUAACAUUAUCAAAAAAAACUUUUUAUUGCAGAAAAUGCAGCAUAUUAAUUAUAAUCACAUAUUUCGCUAAGAAAUUUGUACUUUUACUUUGGAGAGAUGAUUUCCUGCCAACUUUUUAGCUCUUCAUGGAUCAAAUGUCAGCGUUUUUACCCCUGGAAAAAUUGACCUUGCAAAAAUACAAUUGUGGACAUAUCUUUAAAGAUUUUUGGUCUCCAUUAUUUUCAAAAUUGGAGAAUCUCUUUAACAGGGACCAAUGACUAUUUGUAAUUUAGUAGGUAUGCAUUUGUAUGUAUGCAUGAGUAUGAAUAUGUUCAUGUAUAUAGCCUACAUAUACACACAUUUGGAUAGAGUUUAUAGAUAUUGUUGCUGCCUCUAUCUUAUUUUUCUUUUUGUGGUUCCUCUUUAAUGUACUUGUCUGAUUCUGUACUCUUUAUUUAUUAAUAGUAAGAUAUAUAUUUAUAUAUUUUCUGUUCUGUAUCCCUAGGGAGGGUAGGAAAUUAUGUGGUUAAAAAAAAGCUGACAUUUUUUUUUGGUUGUUAUAUCCAUGUUAAAUAAAGAAGAUGUUUAAAAAGAAAAAAAAAAUCCCUUUUUGUUGUACAAUUUUAGUUAUAUGUUUAGUGUAACCAGAAGAGGAAGAACGGGUCUCUCUUUAUUCAUGUCUGUAGGGAAGUCUGUUUGAAGAUUCAGCAAAUUCAUAGACCAGAUAACGGAGUUGUUUUGUCAUACUGUAACUUUAAUUGAUUCCCCAACUCAUUUUCUUACAGUCUUGCUUUCUCUCCCUGUACUUCCAGACCAUUGUUGAGUUUGAUCUGGGGCUGGUAAACUACGAGGUGAAAUCACCGAAGUGUCAUGAGCUGAGCUUGGUGGCGCCUCCUCACGAGAAAAUCAGCUUCAACUUCCGCUGCGAGCAGGAGGCCCAGGAAUGGGCUACCGUGGUAAUGUCUUCAUUGAGAGAAGCACACAGAGGUCAGUCAGUCUUCUUUCAAAUAACAUUCACAGACAUUUCAUAUCUUUAGCACUUGUAAAACAGAGUCUUGUGAGUCUUUCUAAGCCUACACUUAAGCCAAAUGUCAAAUAAGCUUGAUAUUCGAACAAAAGAGCCACUUAUUUCCCCGCUCCAGUCUUGUUACAUCAUUGACGUCAGUUUCGACCACUGUGACCAAUCUUUGAAUUUUGACUUUGGUCAAUGCUGUAUCUCAUAUUAGUCUUUUUUCACUCAUGUUGAUGUCAAAGGCACAGCAAAUGAGGGAAAAUGCUUAUAUAAUUGUGAAAUACUUCAGUAAAAUACACAGUACCAUUUCUCAGGGGUAACAUCAUUAUACUAUUGAAGUGGAAUGUGAGGAAGUACGCUGCAAUAAUCCCCUUCAGGGGCCUUUUAAACUGGUCUGGUAGGCAAAGCAGUAUAUUUCAGGAGUAUGGAGAACUGGUGCUUAGAGUUAUACAUAGAGACCCCCUUUUUGAGGAAGAGGAUGAACAUAUUUUAUCUCUGGUUUUCCUGGUUUUUAAAUAAACGUACACAUGUCAAAAGAGUGUUGAAAGUGAAAGUGUACAAGACAGAAGUCCUCCUUUGCAGCAAACAGUAAAUCCUUUGUUGGCAGAUCUUAUUUUAAGACACUUAAGCUGAAUGUACAGUGGGAGAUGUUAACAGUAGCUCUCUGUAGUUGAUAGUUUGCCCUGCAGCAUGACAGCAUAAGAUCAGAUCAGAUCAGACACAUAACUUUAUUAUUCAGCCAACCGAGUGAUAAGCUUCUUGUUGUCUUUAUAUCAACAUUUCUCUGUACCAGUUGUUCCUCAAGAUAAUGGACCACAGCUCCCACAUGACGGCCCCGAUCUUCGGAAUACAUUAGCCUUGCAAAAGACAGGUGUGUACACUUCAAAUCCUCUUACCUUCUCGUAAAUAUCACCUUUAAUUUCAAGAAUAUGAUUCAACUAAUUCAGUCAUUCUUCCACUCAUUCUAUUCAUUCAUCGAUUCAUUGUUAGCCCACUAGUGGCUAGGAGGAAUGGCAACAUCCUCUGCACACACUUGCCCAUAUGUUCACCGGAAUGGCCUCGUGUGUUGUGUGUAUGUGUGUGUGUGUUUGCAUCCGUAGAGGACACAUGCAUCGAACUGACCCGAGCCAUUGAAGCAGGUGACAUGCAGUCUGCUGCUGUCUUUGCUGCCACGCUCGCCCGACAACAUGCCGCGCUCAAGAUUCAGCCGUCAACCAGAGAAUAUGAAGACACUGAAAUCAAGUAGGAGCGUAUUUGGUAUUGUUUUUGAAAUUGUGAUAGAAAGGUAAAUAAUGACUCCUGUAUUUGUGUCUUAUUUUUAUCCCAAAGCUUGACUGUGGUUGUGGAGGAUUCUUCUUCAUCCUGUUGUGUUACUGUGAAAGUUUUCCCACACAUGACUACUGCAGCACUGAAACAGCAGGUUAGUGUGAAAAACACGCUUCUUGUGUUCGUCUUCUUUUGCUUAAUCCAUAAAACCCAUGUUACAAACCACAUCAGCCCUUCAUGGCUCAUAGAAUCACAGCAAAAUGUUACAUCAGACUGUCUUUCUUUUCACUUAGAUGUUUCUCGAGUAUGGCUUCCACCCAAGGGUGCAGCGCUGGGUAAUAGGUCAGUGCCUGUGCACAGACCAGCGCUCCCUUGCCUCAUACGGGGUUCAUCAGGAUGGUCACACAGCCUUUUUGUACCUCCUUUCUGCCCGUCACGCUCGCCUGACGCUCCAAGCCCUGCAGCGUGAUCAGGAGAGUGCUCUCCUUCUCGGACCCUCGUCUCUGUCCGUACCCACUCCCCCCCUCCCUUCUACCUCCUCAAACGGCCCCUCGUCUCUGGACAGGAGGCCUUACAACACCCUGCCUCCCAGACUCCAGAUAGGCAGCAGUAAUGGUGAGUGUGGGCAGGUUUAUUUGAAAUCAUGCAUGAUUUGAAGCACACGAGAGAUUAUGACAGAAAUAGUUCAACUUAAUGGGAAGAGGUUCUUCUGAACAUGCCUCCAUCUUUGCCUUGGUGUUGUGACAUAUGCUGUGUUCAAGUUACCUGGGAAGUCAGAAGUCCGAGCUGAAAAUGACAUCACACCCAAGUUACCAGCGUCUCAGUUACAAAGUUGGAAAAAAGCUAAAUCAGAGGCGGAAACAAGAUGGCUAUAUCUACGAAAGUUAUGUUAGCGCUUGCCCUGUCCCUGCUUAUAUUCCGACAAGACAAGCGCUAAAUUAACUUAUGUAGAUGUAGCCAUCUUGUUUCCGCCUCCGAUUUUGCUUUUUUCUGAGUUGGUAACUGAAACGCUGGGAACUCGAGUGUGACGUCAUUUUCAGCUCCGACAUCUGACUUCCAAGGUAACUCGAACACAGCAUUAAUCUGCCUGGCAGGGUCAUCAACUCUAGUUUUGAACUUUUUAAACGUAUUAAAAAGUAUAUGAAGCAUUUAAAAGUUCAUAAAUUUAGCAUCUGUUAGUAUAGUAGCUCUCAAGUCUAGCCCUUAAGGCCCACUGUGCUGCAUGUUUUGGAUGUUUCCCUGCUCCAACACACCUGAUUCAAAUGAUUAGCUCGUUAGUAAGCCAUUACAGAGCUUGAUAACGAGCUGAUCAUUUAAAUCAGGUGUGUUGAAGCAGGGAAACAUCCAAAGCAUGCAGGACAGUGGGCCUCGAGGACUGGACUUGAGAACCACUGUGUUAGAUAACAGACACGGUAGCUCUGUAGAACAGACAGCUGGUAGUUUCUGAAGGAGGGUUUACACUUGUCAAAUACACAUAUUUAAGAUUUCCUACCACAAAAUAGGAAGUAAUCCCAUUACGAGGUAAAGGGGCACAUUUCGGUGGCGACUGGUGACGUAUGUUUUUUUCCUUGAAUAUGUGUCAGGUGGGUCGGAGAGAGGAACCAUCGGCGAGAUCAGAGAUCUCAUCAACCUAGAGAUGCCUCAGCUCAAUGAAGCACUGAGCCCUAACUCGGCCUCCACUCAGGUAAAAGACAGCUGUGAUAGCUCUAUUAUAGAACUAAAUAUUAAUACUAUAAAUAUUUUGACACAAAUGACAACACCUAUGUGGUAAAGAAACAUUGUAAAAACAUUCGAAUAAAAUCACUUCUCUGUGUCUCAGGGUUGGUCCUGCCCUUCUUGCACAUACAUUAAUAAACCAACACGGCCGGGCUGUGAGAUCUGCAGCACUAACCGUCCCGAGAGCUACGUCAUCCCGGGAGGAUACAGACCUGAUGCACUGGAACUAAGACGGAUCCAGCAGGAGAAGGAAGCGAUCAGACAGUACCAGCAGGUAUGAAUAAUGAAAUCUCACCUUUGCCAACAUGCACACCAUCCUCCACAGUCCAUUAAUCACACUCAUACACCUUUUUUUUUGGCACUCAAUUGGAUGAUUAUUAUAUAAAGCUUUCAACAACGACAACAACAAGCCUUGGUCUGAUGAUAUCUUGUAUAAUCAAACUCAAAGCUCCAAAAACAAAAAAGUAAAAGUAUAAAAUUGUUCAAAGUUGACUUUUGAUUUUCAAUCUACACACUCUCUCAGGUUGACUCUCUUCUCUUCUUUUUCUAUUUUUUUGAAGGAGAAAGGGAGAAGAGAGGUGCUGAGGAGUGCUGGAGCUCAAAACAACUCACUCCUGUAUAACCUGGACCAGGACUACUGAACACACACACACAGACACAGACACAGGGACGCAUACACAACCUGUUUGUUUCACUCACAGUCACAACUUGUAGCACCAUUUUUUUAUUGCACUUAAGAGACACUCACUUCGGGGACUUUUAAAACCAUCACGCUUCGUGUUGUUGCUGGAGUUUUUAGCAUGCAGGUGUGUAUUUCCCACCCUGCAGUCGAAUGUCGGUUAAAGAGCACAGUUGAAAUGCACUGAUACCACUGACGCCUUAUUUCAGCCCUGGACUGGUUGUGUGGCAUGAUUGUGUAUAUAUCUGCAGUGUCUUUUCCAAGUUAUUAACACCCUACACAGAAAAAUCUAUUAGAGAGCAAAUGCCAAAUAGACAUUUUAAAGUCAAAUUCUUCAUAUGUCACAGAAGCACAUAGUGAUGGACUGUUUGUUAUCCUGGAACUAUAGAAAUAUUUCUAGAAUAGUAAAGUGUAGCUUCUUCUAAAAGUAUAUAUGAGGAUUAGAGGACAGUCAGUCAAUUAAGUAAGGUGUUAAAUAUGUAAUACACAGAAAAAGUAGGCAAACUUUGGGCUGUUGUUUUAAAUCAUGAGAGUAGGGAACAGAAAUAUAAAACAUUAUGUCAACUUUUAGAAACAUUUGACAAUUCUUUUUCUCAAUGAAGGACGUGUACAGAGUAUUGUUCUCCUUUUCAUAAAGUGACCUCAUCUUCCUCUGACGACCGGUGAUCUUUUAAGAGUAAAACUAUCAUAGAAGCUCCUGUAAUGUACAUAAUUAACCUUAAUUAAGGCUGGGAAAUCAUAAAUCUAUUACUUAAAGCAUCAAGUGGCCUUUUAAUGAGAACUUCCAAAUAAACUAAUUUGAAUGUAUAAGCCCUACUGUUAAUUUUGCACUAUUAUUUGUGUACAAUUCUUUGUGGAACUAAAUGAAAUAAAAGGUUUUAUGUGCAGUUUUGAGUCUGAAUGUGUGAGGCCUCUAAAAUGUUUAUCCAAGGGAAAGAGUUUAGAGAAUAAACCUUUAAUCCUCCCCGACAACACCUUCGCCUUAUGCCAGGCAAGAGAAGAGGAGCGCAGGGAGAAUUUCGCACAGCUGGUGAUGAUGGAUGGCCAAGACCUGCUGCCGAAUCCAGAGCCUGUGGACUGCAGGAUCUGCUAUGUGGACCUGCAGCCUGGUGAGGGCGUCCUGCUGAGGGAGUGUCUGCACUGUUUUUGCCGGUAAGAGAGAGGGUUUGCAGGAGGAAAAAAAUAGUGCUGCAGUGUUUCCUAAUUUAUCAUGAUUCUGACUUGUUUGUAUUUUCGUGCUUGUGCACCUAGUGAGUGUUUACGUUCAGUCAUUAUGCUGAGUGAAGAGCCGGAGGUUGCCUGUCCCUACAGAGAUGACACGUAUUCCUGUACCUCCUCGCUGCAGGAGAGGGAGAUCAGAGCUGUGAGUUGACAUCAAACACAGAAUUUUGUCUGUCUUGUCACUUUCCAUCUAGUCGACUAAUGGGUCCCAUUAGCUUUAGAAGCAUCCGAAUAUGGAUGUUCAUUAUGUAUCAGUUUAGAAAAAAAAACUCCCAGAAUCAAUACCAUCUUAGAAGUGUCAGCUAACACUCUUUACAUAUGUCUUCACAGCUGGUACCUGCAGAGGAGUACGAGCGCUGGCUGCAAAGAGGUCUGUCUGUGGCAGAGUCUCGAUGUGAGGGCAGCUACCACUGUGCCACUCCAGACUGUCUGGGCUGGUGUGUCUAUGAGGACACUGUCAAUGUCUUCCACUGUCCCGUCUGCAAGAAGCAAAACUGUCUGAUUUGCAAGGUAGAGAAUAUGUCAAUCGUACACAGGAGAAAGGAUGAUUUGAUGAUUUGAUUAUAUACUUGAAGAUUUGUAGGAAACCGUCUUUGUUUAGAAGCACAAAAAGAGGCAUUUCUAGGAAGCAUCAUGCCCUCAAGUGUCUCGUGUGUAAAGUCAAAAGUGUUUCUUUUUUUUUUACUUUCACAGAGUUUGAAUAUAAUCUUGCACUGACGCAUCUUUUUCCGUUCCAUUUCAUUUGGUCUUAGGCCAUCCAUGAGGGAAUGAACUGUAAGCAAUACCAGGAUGAUCUUGCAGCCAGAGCUAUAAAUGACUCUGCUGCCAGGCGCACAACACAUCUACUCAAGGUGAGCUGUAAUAAGACCUCCUGCGUGUGUCUGGGUGUGUGUGGACAUUUUCUGAGCUGUCUGUCAUGACAUAUCCAGUCCAGCUAUUACUCAGAGAAAAGAGGAUUUUAGUUCUUUGGUUGCAGAAGAAAGUAACACCUUUUAUAUCCUCUCAUCCCACACUCUCCUUCUUUUGCACUUUUUUAUUUUCUGUCUCACAAACAGACUCUUGUGCAGUCGGGCGAGGCGAUGCACUGUCCCCAGUGUGGCAUAAUUGUGCAAAAGAGGGAUGGAUGUGAUUGGCUGCGCUGCACUGUCUGUCACACUGAGAUCUGCUGGGUAACCAGAGGGCCGCGCUGGGGGCCGAGGGUGAGAGAAAAAUUGAUGUUUCUUUUCAUUCUGGCAAAUUUAUUCUACAUAUCUUCCAGUCUUGCCUACUCAUACAGUAUUUUAAGACAAUGAUUUGUUGUGUGCACCAUGUUCUUUUGGUGGUUAUCUCUGAGAAAAAGCACGAUUCAUUAACUUUUGUCAGAUAGAGUCAUAAAAAUACCAAGAUUUACCUAGCACAGGAUUAGUUCACUGAAAAAAAGACAUAUCAAUAUCCCUAAUAGAGAUGUACAUAUUUCUGAAAAGUUUGACAACUCUUAUUCUGAUCCUUUCCAAGGGCCCUGGAGAUACCAGUGGAGGAUGUCGCUGCAACGUCAACAACCAGAAAUGUCAUCCUAAAUGCCAAAACUGCCACUGAAAUCUAAAGACUGGACAGGUUGUCAGUGGGAUUAAAAGACUCAACUGGAAGUAGACUGUUCUCCCCACAGGGGAAAAGCAUUAAUGUGAAUGAGAAAAAUGUUAUCAAACAGGAUCGUUAGUUACAGCACAUCGUCAUUGUUACAACACGGUGCAUUCUCAGUUCUCUCUAAGAAGUAAAAGGCAUUAUGUGGACAUUAAGCUCUGCGUCUGUAAACACAAAAAUGCAGUCUGUUUUCAGCAAGUCAACAUAAAGAUGAUCAGAGUACUGAUAGUUACUGCAUGUUGUGCUUUUUGCACUGAAAUGUAGUGAUACGGGUUUGUUGUUUUCUGUUUGGUUGUUGCAUUAAGGGGUGCAUAGCAUUAAACUGAAUGGGGCCUUACUCUUGUGCACAAAAGCUGUAGCAGGGUGUUUAUGGUGAGGUUUUAACAGGACAUUCAAAAAGAUCUUCAAUAAGCAAUUUUCUGCAGAGACAUACUUCAAAGUGUUGUAUGGAGCUAUAUAUGGUGGUAGAUUUUUUUUUUGUCUGUGUGGGAGGCAGACUGCAUGUUGCCAAAGAGGCUUGAAAUGUGUGACUGAAUGGAACGGAUUCUGAGUGUGAGUUCACCCCCCACUCAAUGCUUCUGUAUUUGACAUAGGUGGAUGCAGACGUUAGUAAUGUACUGCUGACCAGCUGGGUGUUGUAUGAUGCCAUCACCAGUAACCCUCAGAGUGUUUUAAUAACAAACUAUUUAUCAUGAUACUUGAUCACAGUCAAUAAGACAAAGCACAUUGAAACACAUUUUGUCAAUAAGCUUAUAUUCCGAUGAAGGAAUUCACACACGAUCGGGUGCGUAAGGUAAUAUUUAAAAGCAUACUGAACAAAGGUUUAAAUACUGGGAAAGCUUUCUAAACGAAUACAUAGAAAUGUUUGUGAUUCAUCUCUGCAUGAAGUUGUUAUGAUAAUACAUAAAUUAAAAAUGAACAUAGUCUGUAGCUAUAACCUUGACUUAUGAGGUGUCUCACAAUCCACAGUCUUUAAACCAAAAUUUUUAACCCCUCAAAUCACCUUGAUACACUACUGCCCUGCACUGACAAGCCAUGAAAGUCUUCACUGUUACGUGUCUCUGUGGUAAAAUAUCAGCUCUGUGUUGCUGGAGUACCAAAGUUGUGCCUUAAUUAUCAAUAAAUACUCUCUAAACUCACAGAAUUCUUUUUGUAUAUUUGUACCGC